AAAUAUGCAAAUAUCAACUAAUGGCGGACUGGGAAGGAUAUCCACUCCACGAAUGCGUCUUUCACAACGAUAUCAGGAGAUUAUCACAGUUGCUGCGUGUAAAUGAUGUGUCACUUAAAGAUAUGCACGGGAAUACAGCCCUGCACCUGGCUGUUAUGCUUGGAAGAAAAGACUGCAUCCAGUUAUUGUUAGCACACGGGGCACCUGUCAGGGUCAAGAAUCUCCAGGGCUGGACUCCACUGGCAGAGGCCAUCAGUUUUGGAAGCAGACAAACUAUAAUGUGUUUGCUGAAAAAACUGAGACAACAAUCCAAAGAAACUUUAGAAGAGAGGAGACCAGCCUUGAUUCAAGCUCUGAAGGACAUAGGAGACUUUUAUGUAGAACUCAAGUGGGAUUUUCAAAGCUGGGUGCCUCUAGUAUCACGCAUACUUCCAUCAGACAUCUGCAAAAUCCACAAGAAAGGGAGUUGUUUGAGAUUGGACACAACGCUGGUUGAUUUCAAUGACAUGCGCUGGGAGAGGGGCGACAUCACCUUCGUGUUUGAUGGAGAUGCACCCCCCAACAAAGGCCUCACAGUGCUGGACAACAAAUCCCACGAAUUUCAGAGAAUUAGGUCAGAGGAAUCGGAGCAGGAACUAGAGGAUGAGGUGGACAUUCUGAUGAGUAGUGAUAUCAUGGCCGCCCAGAUGUCCACAAAGAGCAUCACCUUCUCCCGGGCUCAGAGUGGCUGGUUGUUCAGAGAGGACAAAACAGAGAGGGUGGGAGAAUUUGAGGCUGAUUUCUAUGCAGUGAAUGGUCUGAUUCUGGAUUCCAGAAAAAGGAGGGAGCAUCUUAGUCCUGACGACAUCCAGAAAAAUAAAGCUAUCAUGGAGAAUUUAACCAAAGGAAACUGGAAUGACUGCGAGUUUCAGAGAAGACCCUCAUUGCCUGUCCCCGAGGAAAGCAGUGUUACAUGGGAGGAGUACAUCGCUGAACCUGCAGGCAGCCCCCCCUGUCUGGGGCGACCUUGGGUUGCUAAGGGAAACACAAAGUCCUUCAAAGCAACUGUGGCUAUGAGUAAGAAUUUUCCAAUGUCAAUUGAUGUACUGCUGGAUGUUUUAGAAGUUAUUGCGCCUUUUAAACAAUUUCAAAAAUUGAGAGAAUUUAUGACAACCAAACUACCUGAUGGCUUUCCUGUGAAAAUAGAAAUCCCAGUAUUCCCUACAGUGACUGCCAAGGUCACCUUCACCUCUUUUGAUUGGCGGGAUGACAUAGACGACGCCAUGUUCGUAGUUCCGCCAAAUUAUCGCGAAAAUCCAAACAGGUUCCCGGAUUUAUGACAGAUGAUGGACAUUAGUAUCAUGGACAUAGUCUCAAGUGUCAGAAAUGUGAUAAUAGUCCAGGAGGACCCGGAAAAUCCAGGGGAGGGGUACCUAGAACUAGCGGUGGGGAUGGAGGUCCCCCUGACUAAUCUGGGCAUCUGUAGUACAGAAAUGACACUGCUUUUUUAGAGUGUGGAAAAAACUUUCUUCUGAGUACAUCUAUCUUGAAAUUAUCUUUCUUUGUCAUGAUAAUGAAAUACUAGUUCAAAAUGCAUGCUUGAAGGUUAUUUUGGAUUCCUGAACUGCAUUUUACAAAAGAACUUACAACAAAGUCGUAAAUAUUUUCAGUCUUAUGAAAUGAUAUUUAUUGAACAAAACUUAAACAAACCAUAUUUAAACAACUACUCUGAUGUCCAUAAUUAUAUUUUACAGCCAUGAGAAUAAAAUAUUGAUUAGUUUGUGAUUAAUUAACAUUCAUUAAUUUGGUCCUAAGUUCUUUUGUAAAACGCAGCCCUGAAAUAUAUCCUAAACAUCUUAAAAUUGUUGAGUUUUUUAAUACAAGUGACGACCUAUACUUAAUCAACAGUGUAAAUUAGGUGAAUUAAAGAUGAUAAUUAGAAAAGGAAUUUCUUUAUCAGGGUUGGAACCAACAUCAUAUAAGGUAAAUAUUUAACAACUGAAGACAGAAAAUUAUAUACAUUACAAAGGGAUAAUAGUUUUAUACUUUAUACAGGGAAAUAUUUGCCCCCUUGUUAUUUUCGCCUUCGUUGUCAGUGAGCAAAUUCAAGACUGGGCAAAUUUCAGUGUCUCAAAUUAUGUCUCUUUAAACUCAACUGUGACUGGGCAAAUUCAAGACGGAGCAAAAAAUAACCCUGUAUACAGUAUGGCUAUUUCUGUUCUUGCAGGAAGGAUAAAUACAAAGUGUAUACUUUGAACCAAGCAACCUGAUUUGGAAGUCAAAGUCAAACUGAAAGUAUGUUUGGAAGGUCAUUUUAUUUGAUUCAUGUAAUUUCCUUUUUUAGUACAAACAUUUAUGGAAAUGCAUAUAUUUAAACAGGAAAUUGAUUGCUCAUAAACAAGUAUUUCAAUGAUUAAAUGUCUGUCCCAUGAAAUUGAUGAGAUUUAGUAUUUAUUUGCACUUUAUGGCAUUUAAGAUAGCUAGUACUUAGUAUGUUUAGGAGAGAGAGAGAGAGAGAGAGGAAUUUUACAGUACUGAAAAGGCUACUUAAAUUUGCAGUGCUCUGUUGAAUGAAUAAGGUUGUUUGCCUGUUUGCUGAGAUCCAUAUUUCUAUUGCUUGUUGUGAUAAAUCUUGUUGUCUGUACAUUUUUAGUUCAGUGAGUAUUGUGGUUUUCAUGUUAGCUGACUUCCAAUAGCAAGCCUUGGGUAGUAUACUGCCAUUCCUAAUUAGUUAUUGUCUUUGUCUAGUCACAGAAAUAAUAUUCCAAGAGAAAGCGUUAUUUAUUGAAUUUUAAGAUUUCGUGAUAUUGGUUACAUUGUGUAGUUGACAACAAACAAGAAUGUAUUUCUCUUUUUUAUCAGGAUCCCUAUUUUUCAGGGGGUUUUUUUUUGGGGGGGGGGGGUUUGACAAAGAAAAUAUUUCAAACAUCGGAGGCCAAAUGUAAUACAUUUGCAAAAUGGAAGGUCACGUUUUAAAUUUUAUUUUAAUCAGAAGUGGUUUUGCACGUCUGGAUUUUGUCUGAGGAAAUCAUGUUUCCUGUUUCAAUUGAUAAUGUUUAACCCCAGGAAGAAAAAAAAAAGUUAAAUAUGUUCUUGAUAUAUCAUUUAAUUUAAUUACACAGUGUUGAACAUAGAAUAUAUAGCUGUUGUAUUGAGAUUUUGUCAGUGGCAGGGUUUCAGGAAACCAAAUUUAGAAUACUACCCUGCUGCAAACAAUUUAUUAUGUAAUUAUUGAGUGCUUAUACUCUGAAUGCAUUCCAUAUUGAACUGUUUAUCUUAAGAAAAGCAACACAAACAAUUCUAGUCAUAUGAAGUUGAAUUUGAAUCCAGUGUGGUGUGUGUAUAUGUAAUACACGGGUUUCUGUGAUUUUUUGUUGCUUUAUUGAUGAUGCAGUAGCAUUCUUAAUUUGUGUAUCUAUCUUCUGACAAUAUAUUUGCCUUUGUCUUUGUAUUUUGAAGCUGUGCUAGAUUUGUAUCAAUUGAUAGAGAGUUAUUAAGGUUUUCUGUGAGGCUGUAAUCUUAUUGUCAUCAAUCAAAUUAUAUACAUAUCCUGUUGUAGAUUUGCAGGGUCUUCAUCGCUACAACACUGAUGCUCAUAGUUGUUAGUGUCGAAAUUGCACACCUGUUUCUGAGACCGAAUAAUGCAUAUUUGCUGUCUAUACAUUUUUUCUUGUGUUGUAAAGCAUUUCUGUUUUGUUUACCAUAAAAUGAUAAGAUUUUUAUAGCUGUGAAUAAAAUCAUCAUCACCAUCAUUA